UUCCGGGUCGGCGCCCCGGAAGCGGAAGGGAGGCCUCCGUGCUGUCAAAGUUUUAGUGUUCCCCGAGGGUCGGUCCCGCGAAGUCUUUUCGCGGGUUCCCUGGCUCGUGAGCGCUUCGCCCGUGGAGGGUGGGAGCGCAGGGACGAGCGAGAUGAGCACCAUGUUUGCAGACACGCUGCUCAUCGUUUUUAUCUCCGUGUGCACCGCGCUGCUCGCCGAGGGCAUAACCUGGGUCCUGGUUUACAGGACAGACAAAUACAAGAGAUUGAAGGCAGAAGUGGAAAAACAAAGUAAAAAAUUAGAAAAGAAGAAGGAAACUAUAACAGAGUCAGCUGGUCGACAACAAAAAAAGAAGAUAGAGAGACAAGAGGAGAAGCUGAAGAACAACAACAGAGAUCUGUCUAUGGUGCGAAUGAAGUCCAUGUUUGCGAUUGGUUUCUGUUUUACUGCCUUAAUGGGAAUGUUUAAUUCCAUAUUUGAUGGCAGAGUGGUGGCAAAGCUCCCCUUCACUCCUCUGUCUUACAUCCAAGGACUGUCUCACCGAAACCUGCUGGGAGAUGACAGCACAGACUGCUCCUUCAUCUUCCUGUAUAUUCUCUGUACUAUGUCAAUUCGGCAGAACAUCCAGAAGAUUCUUGGCCUUGCCCCUUCACGAGCUGCAACCAAGCAGGCUGGUGGAUUUCUUGGCCCCCCACCUCCUUCUGGGAAGUUUUCUUGAAGGAAAACAGAAUUCUUAUUUCCUAUCAUACUUUUAAGACCUUCACAUCAUCAGACUGGCAAGGCACCUGGCCACACUCUAGCUUUGAGUUAUUUCUCAGCUUAAGAUAUGAUCAAAAUGAGAAUGGCAGUUAACCAACAGGAGAGUGUUUUUUAGU